AUGACAGUAAGGGCAGCAAGGGUACCGGUACCCGGUGUGCCGCCUUUCGGCUUUUCUGCACAAUACCCGAUAGUUGCCGCAGACGUCGACCGUCGCAAUCAAUUUGAGCAUGAUGGUCUCGAGUUUCUAGACCGUCGAUCGCCCUACACCAUCAUCCUGAAAUUCGACGUCCCCCGAUACAUCAUCUACAGCGGCUACUACGACAUGAACACGUACCUGCUGAACCGGCUCCAUCGCGCCGUUCGUCGCGGCAAUCUAGCAAACCCGUCAACGAAUCCAGACGACCGAUCAGUGCGGAUAGUCCUCACGUACUCUCUGGCGGACCUUGACCAAGUAUCCUUCAGAGAGGUCCAGACAGCCGUCACGGCUCUGGAAAGAAUCGCAUUCAUUCUCCGAUCAAGAACCACAUAUGAGACGCUCACGAAAGAGCUUCUUCCUUGGUCGCCGGAACCCCAAAGGCUCGACGCUGUGAGGAUUUACAAAACUGUCGCGAGUACCACGCUAUUCCAAUCAACCAACGGCAUCUGUCGUAAUGUACACCCAGCCGGAAGGUUCCUAGUCCAGCUCAAGGAAUCAAGAGACAUCUAUAUAAUUAAUAUGAAUUUCAUCCUCCACGACAUCACCAACUCCAUCCUUCUUGCCCUAAUAUACCUAAAAUCCCACCGAGACUCGAAGCUCAUACCCUACACCAUGAUGUCUGAUUCUAUCUACCCCAUGCACCUGUCAUUCAAGCCGACCCUCAAUGACCUAGACCGUCAGAAGAAGCUCGAGGCCAAGGACUAUGAAUUCGAAGGAGGAUGCCCCUUCACCAUCAACAUGUAUGGCUACGUCCACGAAUCAGUGAUCUGUUCUGGCAUCGAGAAGCUCUGCAACGAACUGUCCCGUCAGUUCUUCAUCGCCUGUAUGGAGAACAGUCCGAGUCCGAAGACCUCUCUCCCCCGGCGCAACAAAGAGUACUACCGCGUCAAGGUCACAUUCAACAUCGCGACCGUGUCGCUCAACCAGAAGCCUGAGCCAGAAGAUGAUCAGGUCAUCGCCACGGCGGUGAUGUGGCACUUGGGAUCGAGACGGACUCUGAGACCCGUGAACAACGCCUUCGAGAAAUGGGGCAGGUGUCGGGGACAGGACAUCGUGGUGCUCAGGGUGAAGGUUGUUCCUGAGGGAGCGAAAGACUGUGCGUAUUUCUUUCCCCAGGGCCUCGACGCUAGUUUGGAGUCAGUGAAAGAGUCUGAAUACGACGACGAUUGCAGCGAUCAGAGUGACAUCGAUGGGUGGGUGUUUGUCUGA